GAAGAAACCAAAAGCACGUUCGUUCAAACGAAAUCUUUCGCAGCAGGUUCGAGCGACGAUGCCGCCAAAGCUGACUUCAAAGAACAUAUUCGAUGUCGUGUUCGAGCAGCUGCCCGCUGACGCCUUCAUCGACACCGGUCCGGCCUCGCUGCGGGAGGAGUUGAUGCUUGAAGCUGCUGGGAUGUCCGGCGGCACCGACGAACACAACAGUCAGAACAGAAACAGCGGCAGCGGCCGUGGCGGGUCGAGCCAGUUCAGACGUCAUCUCCUGCCCUCCUCUUCGAUCGCAGCGGCGGGGGCCAACGCAAUUCGCUCUUCGGCUACGUCGAAGGGCGCGGCGUCUGCAGCAACGACCACAUCCGUAGAGGACGACGUUUUAGGCGAGGAGGCGGCGGUGUACGCGAACGGCGGGGCCUCUGCACCGCCCGCCUACGCCGCCACCUCCGCCGUCGCGUCUCACCUCAGCGCCCAGCAAAGCCGUGGAGUCGACGGGCCGUCGCUCUUCCGCCGUGUCGACGACGACGACGGUGCGGAGGCGUUGACGGCGGUGGUGGGUGCGGAGAGCAGAGGCGGUACUCGUGUGGCAGGCGGGGACCCGCAAGGCACGGAAGGCGACGGCUUCGACUUGGCGAUGCAGAUGGACGAGGAGGAUGAUGCGGUGAAGGAGGCGAUGAAGGACGCGAAGCUCCUCGCGACGAUCCGCGCCGAGGCCGAAGAGGCGGAGAGUGAAGGGGGCGGUGCGAGUCGUGCGGGGGGCCUUCACGGUAGCCGCGGCGCGGCUUCGGGGGCAUCCACGUUGGGGCAGGGCGUGCUUGCCACCGUCGGUGGCGCCGAAGGGGCUACCGUGCUGCCGAAUGCGGAUGGCCAACCGGGACGGUCCACUGUGGGCACAUCGUCACCGUCACUACAUGCAAAAGAAAACGGUGGCGGCUCCGUCGCUCAACGGCUCAUGUCCUCCAGCAGCGGCACCACCACCGCCGCCGUGGGUCGCAGCGCGCCCCUCACCGCCGAGGAACAGCUCGCCCGCAUGCCACCCGGUCUGGACCGCGUCUACACCGGUUCGUGCGUCAUGUAUCGGCAUCCGAAAGGCUUCGGCUUUAUCUCGCCCGACUGCGGCGGGCCAGAUGUGUACUUCAUCAACGACGGCAUCGUUCUGUCCUUCACCCGCCUCGCCUUGCGUGCCUUCUACCUGAAGAACGCGAUGCCGCUGCCGCCCUCCAUCGCCGCCUUCUGCCGCGGGGCCGGCGGCGUCGGGCGGGCGGAGGGGGCGGCCGCCCAUACGACGUCCGAAGAAGCGGAGGUGCCGGGCAAGGUGGCGACGACGAAUGCACAGUCGACACAGGAUGACACGAAGGAGAAGAUUGCGGACGAGGGCCAGCGCACUGACACACCAGCAAGCGAGGCGACCACCACGACCACCACCGCUACCUCCGCUACGGGAGUAGAGGUGAACGUUGCAAAAGGUGUGUUGGAGGACACCGACGGGAUGAGCCCGAACCACGGCGGUGCGGCGGUCCUGCCUGCUGCUGCGGUGGCGGACAUCGGCGAUCGCGUGUCGCUGCCACCGACUACUGCGGCUGAGCUCACGCAGGCGGAGGCGGCCGCCGCGCUGCUCACGCCCGCCACCGCCGCGCUGCUGCAGCACCAGGUUGAUCAAGGCUUCGGCGGUGGGGCACGGGUGGGCGAGAGGUUCAGCUUCGUAGUCACGCGCAACCACGCCGGCCGCGGUGGCAAUGGCCGGCUGCUGCGCGCAGAGUUCAUUCGCGGGGUGCCCAUCGCGAGCUUUGCGAUGCCCGUCGAGCAGAGCUGGUUUGCGCCGAUGUUCGCCGGUGCGGUGGGUCGGAAGGCGAACCCGCACGGCGUGUACAACGCGGUGGGCAGUGCUGCUCCCCACAAUCCUCAUGCUUCACUGGGUGGUGGUAGUGGUGGCCGCGGUGCGGAGGGCGAAGGGGCUCCCGCGGCCCAGUCGACCAGCGGUGGUGUUGCAGUGGACAACAACGCCGAGGGCAUGCCUGCGACUGCGGCACUGGUGCGCUACACCGGCUGUGUCCGCACCUACGACGCAGAGGACCAGCGCGGCUACCUGCGCUGCGACGAGACGGACGGCGGCGGCGGCAGCCCCCCUGACGUCGUCUUCCACGCGCACGCGUUCCUCUGGGACCUCGCUCGCUGCCCUCCGCUGAAGCGACAGGUGAAGGAGAGCAUGCAGGUCGCGUACAGCGUGUGCGGGACGGAGCGCAACGGCAAGUACAUCGCGACGUUGAUCACCACCCCCGCGGGGGAGCCGUUUUCGGAGGAGAACACGACCUUUGCGGAGAACGUGCGGCCGUUCUACAUGGCCGACAGCGUCAACCGGCGCCGUGGCCGCGGGGACGACAACGCCGGUGGCCUCGGCAGCGGUCGUGCGAUGAACAGCGCAGAGGGUGGAAUGGGUGGUGGUGGCGAUGGUGGCGGUGGCGAUCGCAAGCGGGCGAAGGCGGCGGAGGAGGACCUGCUUCUGUUUGAAGACGAUGACUACCCUUUCAUGUGA